AUGGUGGGCACCAAACUCGCAGCUCUUGGGGUCUUUGUUAUUUUGAGCAUUGGAUUAGCCAGUGCUGCAAGAGUGGCCAGAUACUCUAGUGCAGCAGACACCAGCAUGGGAGGGGAGGGAGGGGGCGGUGGGUAUGUGACUGGCGGCGGCUCGGGGUCAGGGAACGGUGUUGGGUCUGCCGAGAGUGGAGGUGGUGGAGUCCGUGCAAGCAUUGUUGGCGGUGGAGACGGAGGCGGCAGCAGCCAAUAUGGUGGUUCGGGAUACGGCGAAGGAUCUGGCUCGGGCAUGAGCUCCGGUACGUAUAACAAAGGAUCUCAUUAUGAUUUCGGUGGAUAUUCAAGCAGUGCCGCGAAUGGCGGUGGUGGCGGUGGGGGACAAGCUGGAGAUCGCGAUGGAUCAAGCGGUCAUGGUGUCGGCAGCGGCAUUGCCUCUGGCUCUGGUAAGGCGGCCGGAGUUUCAAGAGGACCUAGUUAUCUAAAUGCUAAAUCUGAUGGAAAUGGUGGCGGCAAAGGCAGCGCUCAAAAUGGCGGGAGCGGAGGUGGUCAAGGCGGUGGAUCUGGGAAUGGUGACGCACACCCGUAG